AUGUCUGUGGAUAUCGGAUGGGAGAAGAUCACUUCGGGCCCCGAUGGCGCCGCCCUCGCCGAGAAGAUUCGCGCUUUCGUCCAUGACAAGUUCCAGCAGAUUCCUCUUCCCCGCUUCAUCAAUGCCGUCCAUGUCCAUUCAUUCGAGCUGGGAUCAGUCUGUCCUGAAAUCGAGAUCAAGGACAUCUGUAAUCCGCUCCCUGACUUCUACGAAGAUGAAGAGGAUGAGGAGGAGGAGGUAGGCGGCGACCAAGAUGCGCACGAAUCUGCGCCUGGGUCUGCGCAGAACGAGCGGGCCGAGACCACGAACCGCUAUCAGCCGCAGGACCCUGCCUCGUCUUCUCAGCAUUCACGCUCGAUGCCGCGACCGUCCAACAUAGUUACGGGCUCGGGGUUUGCUCACUUCAAUUCCUCGACUGCAGUUAGAGACGGUCUCAGUUCAGGCGACGAGGCUUUUGCUAUGGGGCCUUUCCCAAGAAGUACCACCCCUGGCAUCCCAGGCGGCACAUCUAAUCUCAGCUACUUCCAUUUCCCUGGAGGCGGCCUCUCUGGGACUCAGACUCCGUUGGCCGCAGUUGCAAGUGGGACACCUUUCAGCCCUCGAUCUUGGUCGUACGAUCCGUCUCAUAAUUUCGCUCUGCCGCAUCAGAUGCCUAUUCAUGGAUCAACGCACAUGAAGCCAGUGAGUCAAGACGUAACAGGACAAGACGAUCCAUCUACGCGACCUUCCACCGCAAACAGUAUCUCGUCUCCGCGUGAUUCAGAAUCCGGAAUCUCAUCACCUCGAUUGCCUCAUCGAGCACAGCCUGUCGGCGAUAGCGGCCUGGACGAUGCUACGCUCGAUGCAUUGACGCCUUUGUCGGCAUCUAGGCUUCAGAGCAGGCAGGCGUCAGAUUUGCAAGUGGUGGCAAGAGUCAAGUAUUCUGGAGACGUACGCAUGACUCUAACGGCCGAAAUUCUACUUGACUAUCCAAUGCCGAGCUUUGUUGGAAUUCCCCUCAAGCUAGCCAUCACCGGUUUGACAUUUGAUGGGGUCGCUAUCGUGGCUUGGGUUAAGAAAAAGAUGCACUUUUGCUUUCUCGAUUCUGAAGACGCCGCUGCACUGGUCGGAGAAAGCGUGGCAAAUGAGCAACGUAAGAAAGCAGGUAGCACGACAGGUUCAGGGACCGGUCUGCCAGGGCCACUGCAGGAAAUCCACGUGGAGAGUGAGAUUGGACGACAGGAGGAGGGCAAACAAGCACUCAAAAACGUGGGAAAGGUGGAAAAGUUCGUUCUAGAACAAGUUAGGAAGAUCUUUGAGGAAGAAUUCGUCUUUCCCAGUUAUUGGACCUUUUUGGUAUGA